UUCAACCACAGGGCUCCGCCCACCGAGCUUGCUUAAAAGGCAGCGGGGAGCCAGCUUGCCUGUGUGGCCAUGAACAGCAGUGCCUGCAGCGACAAAGGCCCUGGAGAGGCGCCAGAGGAGAGGUGCUUUCUCAGGUCAGCAAGUGACAGGGAGCUGAGGCCAGGGUGGAGGCAGGGGAAUGACUGGGGUGGGUUCUAGGGUCUGCUGGGAGCUUGCUGGUGCAGCAGUAGCCGAGUUGCCAGGGAAACCGCAUUCCAGGAAACCCGACCCUCAGUUACCCUCACUGUUUGUGCAAUUAUCCUGAGGGACUUGGAGUUACACAGAGACUUUGAAUAUCAGCUGCCACUGGAAGCCAAGAAAGCUCGGGAUGGGGGUUAUGGGUUAUGACGCAGGUUCAGAGACGGCCACAAGGUAAGCAGCGGCGAUGGGUGCAGGUGUUGGGGAGAACACCUGCGAUGCCCUGACUAGUGGGUUUCUUGCCCUUCUAGAAGUGAUUUGGGGUUGUCAGACCCAGUUCCCUUUUCAGACCUCAGUACUGGGCCUGAAAAGAGACCCUAGUCUUGCUGUCCUCGUCUUAGGAGCAGCAUCGAUGGGGUGGGAGGGAGACGGAUUUCCCUGCUGGUCCCAUGAGCUCUUGUCCACGCUGUUCUCCAGAGUUAGCUGCUGCCCCUUGGUCUGGUUAUUCCCUGGACUGCCCACUGUCGGGAGGAGACCAUCACUACCACCCCUGCAGAGGCAGCCAUGGCUGUCAGACAAAGAGGACGCGCGUGCCUCAGGCUGCGGCUGCCUUUUCAAACCAAGCUUGUGGGAUGGGGAAACGGCAGGAAAUGAUGGCCCCUGAAACUCCUCGUGGCAUCUCGGAGGCGGCCUCCCUGGAGCAGGAGCUGCUGGACGAGUACCGCUUCGGGCGGCAGCAGCUGGUGGAGCUGUGCGGGCAAGGCAGUGCGGUGGCUGUGGCCAAGACCACCACUCUGUCCCUCUGCUACGCCCAGGCGUUCCCUUUGUCCUCGGGGUCGCGCAAGCAGAGGACGGUACUGGUCGUGUGCGGCCCGGAGCAGAACGGCGCUGUGGGGCUAGCGUGUGCCCGGCACCUGCGGGUGUUCGUGAGUAGCAGGGUCCUAUGGCGGGGAACAGAGCUGGGUUGGGGUUCCGCUGGGGACAAGAACUGGGGUGGUCUCCCUCCCGCUGCCGCCAUCACCAGACCCAGGUUCCCCCAGGACUACCAGCCCAGCAUCUUCUGCCCGGCGCGUUCGGCCGACGCUCUGCACUGCGACCUGACCACGCAGUGCGAGAAGAUGGACAUUCCCUUCCUGUCCUUUCUACCCACCGAGGUGCGGCUCAUCGAUGACGCCUACCGGCUGGUGGUGGACGCAGUGCUAGGCCCGGGAGUGAGGCCGGUGGAGGCGGGCGGGCCCUGCGCGCGCGCGCUGGCCACUCUGAAGCGGCUCUCCAUCCCGCUCGUGAGCCUGGACGUCCCUUCAGGUUGGGACACCGAGGCUGGCGGCAACGCAAAGGAUGAGGUGCAGCCCGACGUGCUAGUGUCCUUCGCUGCGCCCAAGAGCUGCGCGAGUCGCUUCUCCGGGCGCCACCACUUUGUGGUCGGCAGGUUCGUGCCUGACGACGUGCGCCGCAAGUUUGGCCUGCGCCUGCCAAAAUAUAUUGGCACCGACUGCGUGGCCGCGCUGUGACCCGCACCAAUAAACAUCUCCACCACCUCUC